AUGGUACAGGUGGAGGUGGGGGUGAGGGGCGGCGGCUGCCGCUGCGGUGGUGGUGGCCCUUCGAAAGGUGUGGGUGAGGGAAGCUUCCACCCGAUUGGUCGGGUGCCUGACAUUCAAUCGGCGCCCGGCUGGCCGUCUCAACAGUUAUCUGUGAGUUGGACUGAUCUCCUACUUCUCCUCGUCAUUCUUACAGUGGACUUUACCCGAAGCAUCACCUGGCUUGGCCUUCACCGAUAUCCACGGACUAAAGCCCUGGAGAAGGAGCGCUUCACACCAAACGAGUGUGUCUACGCCAAGUAUCGCUAUGGACUGGGGCGGAAACAGCUGAAAUUUUGCCAUCAUCCCGAGGGCAGCUUUGCCAUGCACGCGGUUCUCAAGUCGGCUCAAGCGGUGACCUACUACUGCCCGCACAUAUUCAAAGAUCGACGCUGGAAUUGCUCCUCGGUGGAAUACCUCCCCAAAGUAACACCCGAUAUAGCAAGAAGUAAGCUCUACCGAAAGUAA